CAUUAAAAUUCAGGUUAUAAAAAUUCAGGUCGAAUAAAUUCAGGGAAACAUCCGGGGUACACAGAAUGAGCAAACGAGCGCAGAGCUUAUCGAACUCACAGCUGGCCAAUCACAACACAGCUCUGAGGUCACUGGGAGGAGCGUCUUCCUUACCCAGUGAAUGUCGGUGGAGAAGCGCAUGGAAGAUGGGAGAUCACAGCAGAGAUACUGCUAUUCCAGUUGAAGCUUUUAGACAAGAUUGCAUCUCAAGACUCCGGACAAGGCUUGAGCAUAUUCUUUCAAGUAACAUUCCUGAUUUUGACUACAUGCUCUAUGUUGUUAGCCAAGAAAGGGUCUUCACAAGUGCAGUUGGACUUGACUUUUUACCAGAUGUGAAGGAAGCAAUGGAUGGACUUUACUCAUGUCUUACCUCACUGCUCGCAUCACAAGACUCUCCCACUUUUGUUUCUUGGGAGAUGGGGCCCCAUGGACGUUUGAGAUUUAACAUUACAGCUGAAUGUUUGAAUAAACUUUUUGAGAUCGGACUAUCUGCCUCAUGUGUUGCCAGCAUUCUGCAAAUCUCAAAAAGUACAGUACACCGUAGAAUGCGUGAGUACAAUAUAUCUGUGUCAAAUAUGUACUCUACACUUUCAGAUGAUGAGCUAGACACAGCAGUGAGAAACAUCAAAACAAGGUUUCCACAUGCAGGCUAUCGAACAGUCAAGGGAUGUCUUCAGUCUGAGGGCCACCGCGUGCAGUGGACGAGAGUAAGAGCCUCAAUGCAUCGAGUUGACACUGCUGGCAUUUUGUCAAGGUUGUCAAGUAUGGGUUGUGUUGUACGUCGCAAAUACUCUGUUCCUGGACCAUUGUGCAUGCAGCAUAUUGACACCAAUCACAAGCUUAUCAGAUACAAUAUUGUAGUAUUUGGUGGCAUUGAUGGCUUCUCAAGAAAGAUUAUGUAUCUCAACGCUGCUUCCAACAACCGAGCUGCAACUGCAUAUGAGUUCUUCAUGGAUGGUGUGAGGAAGUUUGGCUGGCCCUACAAGUCUGUAAAGCUUUUACUGUCUUUUUCAUGAACAUCUUAGCUGGAUUUUGUCUGGAGAACAGACCACGGAAAUUACAAAUCAUCCUGUAGUCAUCCAUAUUUGGCAGUAUGUCUAAUGUAAUUUUUAGUGACAUAAAUAAAUAUGUUCAGAAUUUCAGAUCUUAUUAGACCAUUUAAUAGUCAUAAUACCAGUAUCCCGUCACUGGACUGCAGCAUUUUAAACAACUUUCCAGUGUUGUUGAGUGAUUUUGGUAUGUUUAAAAAGCAGGUGUUUGUUCCCCACAUGACUCAAAGUAUAAGGUCAACCACCUUAAUCACACUGUGAUCAGCAAAACCAUCAAACGUAAACAAAGUCCUAUGCUAUGCUGGUUAAGAGCAAAGCUGCUCAACCAAUAUAGGGGAUGUGCAGCUUUUCAACCAUCAAGGACCAUCUUAGAUGAAACCCAUUAUCAGCAGAAGCUUGUAUUGGAUUUGUGAUGCCAGUUACAGUGCAGUGCUGUUUGUCAUUUAGCUAAUACUCACCAAAACACCCUGCACUUCUGUCUACACUGCCUAACAUCACCAAACUGAAAGAGUUUUUCUCCCCUAGCACUUUCAUAACCCUGUGAUGGCCAUGACUACUGUAGCCUUCUAGUUGGACAAUAUCAUUAGCUUACAUGUAGCAAUAUAAAGCCCGAUUUAAGAUAAAAAAUUUUGUAAUCCUGAGUGUACAAUCAUGUUAUGAAACAAACACAAAUGUGCACAAACAACAAGGUGCCAACUACAAAAUGAAGACCCAACUUCAGUGGUCUGUGGUGUAGUCACCAUCAUAAUAACUGUACCCCCCUCCAGAGUGCGGGCCGAUCAGGGUGUAGAGAACGUGGAUAUUGCUCAGGCGAUGUUAAAUGUACGAGGAAUUGGGUGUGGAAGCUUUAUAUCUGGCAAAAGUGUCCACAAUCAGAGGUAUGAGCUAAUAAUUUAGUGAUUGGUAAUGAUGAGGUUAAUCAAUAAAAGCAAGCAUAUGCAUGUAGUGUGCUUAUUUUAAAUUAAAUGUGUUAUGGUGCACUGUUAAAUGAUAAAUCUGUUAUUUUCUUUACUUUCUUACUAGUAUUACUUAUUUUCUGCAGAAUAGAACGUCUUUGGCGUGAUGUGUGGGUAGCUGUUACACACCUGUACUAUGAUGUUCUUCACACUUUGGAAGAGGAUGGGCUUCUUGACAUAGCUGACUGCUUGCACCUCUAUUGUGUUCACUACACGUUCCUGCCAAGACUGAAAGAUGACCUGUCCAGGUUUGCACAUGGCUGGGAUCAUCAUCCAAUCCGGACUGAACAAAACAUGACCCCAAAUCAGCUGUGGUCCCUCGGCCUCAUGCAUAAUCCAGUCAGAGAACCAGAAAUGUCAGAGUUAUUGAACUGUGUAUAUUUAGGAAAUUCAGAUUGAUGCCAUUGACUGGGAAGACUCUGGAUUGACUGUUCAGGAAUCACACCAUGGGGUCGUCUUGCCGGAAUUGGAAUGCCCGCUACAUCCCCAGAGCCUUGAGCUGCUUAGGUCAGCUGUACAACCAACUGCCCCAUCAGAUAGCUUUGGCCGUGAUCUGUAUUUGAUGUGUCUACAACAUGCUUCAUAUCUUCUGGAGAAUCAGUAAGUGGGAAGGAAGUUACCGGAAGGAAUGUGCUGCAUGCUUAUGCUAUUUUACUUUUAAUUUUAUGGACUUCUACAAGAAAAAAAAAAACUACUUCUUUAAAAGUUGUAUUAAGAGUUUGGCUGGGUAAACACUGUUUCUAAACCUGGGCUGAAGUAUCCUUUGGUGUUUUUUGGGUAAAGACUAAGGUUCUUUAAAGACUACGUUUGAUUUUGACUGAAGAAACCUUUUUGUUAAAACAUUUCUGUGCAUUUCUAAAUAUAUAUGUUUUAUACAUAAAUAUUUAACUGUGGACAA